AUGCAAUCCCUAGAAGCAGUGCUUCAUCUUGCGAGGAAAGCUGCCGAGGCCGCGGCCAAGUCUAUUGAGUUCGUGUCUCGUGAAGGCGAACCGGAAGGGAUGGGACGACAGAGCCCACAGCUAGACACAAGAGGAAGCCUCGAGUGGGGAGAUGAUGCAGACAGGCAGACGGAUUGGUUUGACGAAUAUGAGGCAGAGCAGAUGGAUGGAGUGCUGUGCCGUUGCUGUGGUCGCCUGGCUGUUCUCUUCGAUACCCCGUUUUUCCCGGUCCUGAGCCUCGCUGCCGACACGCGAAACCAGGAAAGAGGAUCCCAUACCCACAUCCACCAACACACCGCAGCACAGCGCAGCACAGCGCAGCACAGCGCAGCACAGCGCAGCACAGCGCAGCACGCGCCAGGUCCGCCUCAGAUCAGCGACCCUGCAAAGCCUCCAGAUUCGCCCGCCGAUGACUCCGACUCCGACCUCGACCUCGACCUUCAAGAGCUUGACCCCCUCCCCGCCGAUGAGCCCCGCAAUAAGUCAGGGCUUUUAGGACACGACAGAGAAGCUGCCGAACAGAGGGCCCCGAGGAUAGCCCUGCGCAACCUCCGUAUGGGGAGUCUGCGCCGCAAGGGAAAGUCGUCCAGAGGCUAUCCUGGCGCUGGUGAGAGCAGGGAUGCUGGGCUCGACGAUGCUGCCGCCCUGCUAGGCGACGGUGACGGUGACGGAGAUGGCCAGUCCAGCCGCGAGAACUCUGGCGAGGAUGCCCCGUUCUUGCGAGAGCACGAUGACCGCUCCCGCCGCCCCAACGGCCAAAAGAGGCGCCCGAGUUCGUCCGGUGGCCUGCGUCUGCCCAGCUUCAUGUCUUCCACCGGGUCGCAGCGUCAGGAGGAAGAGGAGCACGACCAGGAGGAAGACGACCCCUCGGCGUCCAGGCUCGUCCCCGUCGGCUCGGCUCAGUCGACUCGUUUCCCGCCGAACCUCGUGUCGAAUGCAAAGUACACCGCCUUCACAUUUCUUCCUAUCACGCUAUAUAACGAAUUCUCAUUCUUUUUUAACAUGUACUUCCUACUCGUUGCGCUCUCACAAGCAAUACCUGCCUUGCGGAUUGGCUAUCUCUCGACUUACGUCGCGCCCCUAGCCUUUGUUCUGGUAAUCACGAUGGGGAAGGAGGCAUACGAUGACAUAGAACGAAGGCGCAGGGACAAUGAGGCCAACUCAGAACCAUAUGCCGUGCUAGCGUUUGACGAACCUGGCCACUCUGCUUCGUCCAGUCGCCCAAGAAGAACGCUGAAGUCCACGUCCAUACGGAAGGGGCGCAAGGGAAAGCUCCCUGAGAGAGAUAGGCUCUCUGAUAUCCAAGAAGAAGAGGAGCAAGUCGAGGGUGCUGGCAUUCGCAGGGAGCCUUCCUCGCAGGUCCGGGACAUAAGCAAAAAGUCGCGGGAUCUGAAGGUUGGUGAUGUCUUGAAGUUGGAGAAGGGCCAAAGAGUGCCAGCCGAUGUGAUCAUCUUGAAGUGCUUGUCCGGUGAUGCGAAUGCAGCAAUCGAGGUUGAAGUGCCCCAGAAGGCCGAACCGGACCUCCUGGGCAGUAUCGAUGAGUCAGGAGAGAGCAGUGCUGACCCGCCUGCGAGCAGUGAGCCUGAGCAGAGCUCGGGGCCUGGCGGGGAGACCUUCAUCAGGACGGAUCAGUUGGAUGGAGAGACUGACUGGAAGCUCCGCAUCGCGUCGCCGCUAUCGCAGAAUUUGGCCGUUGAGGAGUUGGUUCGCCUUCGAGUCACCGGUGGCAAGCCAGACAAAAAGGUCAAUGACUUUGUCGGCACUCUUGAGCUUCUGCCAUCGAGACAGGAAGCUAUGGGCAAUACCAGCAGCGCUCAGAGUGAUGACAACCUGUCUAGCACGGCGCCUUUGUCUAUAGACAACACUGCCUGGGCAAACACGGUCAUUGCAUCCCACGCGACCACCUUGGCCGUGAUCAUCUACACUGGCCCCCAAACCCGGUCCGCUCUUUCUACGGCGCCUUCCAGAUCCAAAACCGGACUUCUCGAGUACGAGAUCAACUCAUUGACCAAGAUUCUCUGCGCCUUGACCCUCGGCAUUUCGAUCAUCCUCGUCGCCCUGGAAGGCUUCGAAAAUGUGCCCGGGAACGUCUGGUAUGUCAAGAUCAUGCGUUUCCUGGUCUUGUUCUCGACAAUUGUUCCCAUCAGUCUCCGCGUCAAUCUUGACAUGGGCAAGAGUGUCUACUCUUGGUUCAUCCAACGUGAUCCUGAUAUACCGGGUGCCGUUGUUCGGACUAGCACGAUUCCAGAAGAUUUGGGCCGGAUCGAGUAUUUACUGAGCGACAAGACGGGCACACUUACUCAAAAUGAAAUGGAAAUGAAAAAGAUCCACGUGGGAACUGUGUCCUACGCCAACGAGGCAAUGGACGAGGUUUCGGCAUAUGUGAACCAGGGGUUUCAAGUCCCCUUGUCCACAGAUCCAGCCACAAAUGGCACGCUCAUCACACCCUCAUCGACAUUUACCGCGACAGCCAAUGCUGGAGCCACACGUACACGUCGCGAGAUUGGCACGAGAGUGCGCGAUGUGGUGCUGGCAUUAGCAUUGUGCCACAAUGUCACCCCAACCACAGACGAGGAGGACGGCAAGAUUGUCACUGCAUAUCAAGCCUCGUCUCCUGAUGAGAUCGCCAUCGUGAAAUGGACAGAGGCUGUUGGACUGCGACUCUCAUACCGUGAUCGCAAAAGCAUGGUGCUCGAGUCGCCUGAGAAUGGCCGGCCAAUUGUCCAGGUGCGCAUACUCGACGUGUUUCCCUUCACAUCCGAUGGUAAGAGGAUGGGGAUUGUCGUUCAGUUCUUUGAACGAUCAGGGAAGGUUCCGAAUGUCAACAAUGGCGAGAUCUGGUUCUACCAAAAGGGUGCAGACACGGUGAUGAGUACAAUCGUGGCUGCAAACGACUGGUUGGACGAGGAGACCGCCAAUAUGGCUCGAGAAGGCCUGCGGACACUCGUGGUGGGUCGAAAGCGCCUCUCGCCUGCCGAAUACCAGGAAUUUCAGUCCAAAUACCAAGAAGCAUCUCUCGCCAUCGGUGGGCGAGAUACAGGCAUGCAGAAAGUCGUCUCGCAGUACCUGGAGCGUGACCUAGAACUUCUUGGCGUCACGGGCGUGGAGGACAAGCUUCAAAGAGACGUCAAGCCCUCUCUAGAGCUCCUCAGGAACGCGGGCAUCAAAAUUUGGAUGUUGACAGGCGACAAGGUGGAAACAGCCCGUUGCGUCGCCGUGAGCUCCAAGCUCGUCGCACGCGGCCAGUACAUCUACACAGUCGCUAAGAUGAAGCGGAAAGACCAUGCGCAGGACCACCUCGACUUUCUUCGGAGCAAAGCAGAUUCAUGUCUCCUUAUUGACGGCGAGAGUCUUGCCCUCUUUCUGACGCACUUCCGCACCGAGUUCAUAUCAGCGGCCGUCCAGUUACCCACCGUUGUCGCAUGUCGAUGCUCACCCACGCAGAAAGCCGAGGUUGCAAAGCUCAUCAAGGAGUUCACCAAGAAGCGCGUGUGUUGUAUCGGUGAUGGUGGCAACGACGUGAGCAUGAUCCAGGCUGCUGACGUCGGUGUGGGUAUCGUGGGCAAGGAAGGUCGUCAGGCCAGUCUUGCCGCGGACUUUUCUAUCGAGCAAUUCUACCACCUGACCAAGCUUCUCGUAUGGCACGGUCGAAACAGCUACAAGAGAAGCGCCAAGCUCGCGCAGUUCGUCAUUCACCGUGGCUUGAUCAUAGCCGUCUGCCAGACCAUGUACAGUAUCGCCAUCAAGUUCGAGCCCGAGGGCUUGUACAAGGACUGGCUCCUGGUUGGAUAUGCGACCGUGUACACCGCCAUGCCGGUCCUGUCCCUCGUCCUGGACAAGGACGUCGAUGAAGAGCUGGCCAACCUCUACCCCGAGCUAUACAAGGAGCUUACUUCAGGUCGAUCCCUUUCAUAUCGGACGUUCUUUGUCUGGGUGUUCGUUUCGAUAUACCAGGGCAGCAUGAUCCAGGGCCUGUCCCAGGUGUUAACCGAGGUCGACGGCCCUAGAAUGGUCGCGGUCAGUUACACCGUACUUGUGCUGAACGAGCUGCUCAUGGUGGCGAUUGAAAUCACGACGUGGCACCCAGUUAUGAUCAUAUGCAUCAUUGGGACCUUCCUGAUGUAUGUUGGCUCGAUACCGUUCCUGGGCGGCUACUUUGAUCUGGCCUUCCUGAUAACUUGGGGUUUCUACUGGCGAGUCCUGGCGAUCGGUGCAAUUUCGCUCAUCCCACCGUAUGCUGGAAAGCUGAUCAGGAGGACCAUGAAGCCGCCCUCGUACCGAAAGGUGCAAGGGAUUUGA